AUGGCGGCGGCGGGCCGGUGGCGGGCCGGGCUGGCCGUGCUGGCCGUGGCGCUGGGGCUCGGCGGGGCGGCGGCCGAGCAGACCGAGGAGCACCUGAAACGGGAGCACUCGCUGUCCAAACCGUACCAGGGUGUGGGCUCGGCCAGCUCGGGGCUCUGGGACCUGCUGGGGAACGCCAUGGUCAUGACCCAGUUCAUCCGCCUCACCCCCGACGUGCAGAGCAAGCACGGAGCCGUGUGGAACCGGGUGGUGAGCGGGGCACCGGGAGAGCGGCGGGGACGGGGGGACCGGCAUGGUCCGGGGAGAGGGCUGGGAGUGGAGGGAAAUGGGGAGAGGGUCGGCAGAGGGAUUCCCAAAUUGGGAAUUGGGUUCCGAAACUGGGAAUGGGAUUCCCAAAUUGGGAAUCGG